CAAAUACAUAUACCUUGCGGUACCUCGUUCCCCUAGGGUUGGCGGUCACCCCAGCAUGCUGUGUGGCUGCAACAUUUCCUCUACGGUACAGCUGGACAUUAUGAACGUUUUUGAUUGGCCAGGCAGGUGACCUUGACCCGUGGGCCUGGAGGAUAUCGCAUGGGCUUUGGAGCGGCCCCUCCCCAAACGAAGAGUACAAGUAAAGUAACAUUUAGUGGACAUAUCUGUGUUGGAUGUUUUCGAAGGUUCAUCGUGACCUCCAAGAAUAACAAUGGUGUCAGAAGGACCCCCAACACUUCACUAGUUCUUGGCAUUUUAACCUGAUACGUAAUAAUAUUCAGACCUCAGACAGGUCUACAAACAUUCUGCAUGAACUGGUUUUAUACUGAUACAUUCUAAGUGGAGCUAUAUUUGGACCAAGCUUUUUUAGUUUGCGGGAAACUUGUCGUUGACUUAAAUAUUCAAUAUGGCCGACAUGAACGGCAUGAUCAAGAAGGGAUGGGUGAUCGUGUGUUCUCAGAUACAGAGGAAGGCAAGCCCCCGACAUCUUUUAUUCGUAAUCUGUUUCAUGACAUUCAUGGUGGUCCUCAUUCAAAUACCAAGACUACAUAAAUCAAGAUACGUCACUCCAGUUUACAACCAAAGCGAGGCGCUCCGAUAUCGACCUGAACAAUGCUACAACUGUAACUCUCAUGAUUUCAAAAUUCUCAUCAACAGUGAUAAAGUUUGUAAAACAAGUUCUGUUUCUCCAGAGAUACACACACUAAUCCUCAUUGCCAGUAUCCACAAAGGCCGAGCUCAAAGAGACACGUAUAGAAAGACCUGGCUUACAUAUACAAAAAAUAACACUGCUGAUGUCCGUUACGCCUUUAUAUUCGGUAACCUGAAUGAUACGGAGGCCAACGCCGCUUUAUUGGAGGAAAGUAAAAUAUACGACGACAUUCUUCAGGAAGACUUCCAAGAUUCAUACAUAAAUUUGACAAUCAAAACAAUGAUGGCUUUUAAAUGGGCCUCCACACACUGUGCGCAUGCGCAGUACCUGAUGAAGACAGAUGACGACAUGUACGUUAAUAUGCCUGGUUUAAGGAAGGCUAUCGGGGAUAACUCUCAACAACUUCAGUCAGCAAUAGGAGGGAAGUGUAUGCCUGAAGCAGACCCAGUACGAGACAAAACGUCUAAGUGGUUCGUGUCGUACCAGUAUUAUCCCAGAAAAAGUUACCCUGGUUACUGUGCCGGGACCGGUUACGUCACAAGUAUGGCCAUGGUGAAAGAGGUUUUCAAGGUAUCAAAACAUUUACCAUUCUUCUAUCUGGAAGAUGUGUUUGUGUCGCUGUGUGUCGAGAGGAUCGGUAAAAGUCUCCAUCUGAUUGAGGGGUUUAAUAGCAAUAUUGUGUCUCCCAUUAACAGUAAAGUUUAUAAGAGUGACAACUUAGUGACGGUACACCGGGUGGGACCGGAACUUCUCCUCAAACUCUGGAACGAUCAAUGUCUGGAGGAGAGUGAAAUUCUGUUAUCUGCUGAAAACAAUGAGAAGACGUGGACUGACUGCUAGUAGACGGCGGCCCCAUUGUCACGAACCAUCCUCAACUUACAGAUAUCCCCUAACUUAUUAUUUUGCCUUAGAAAGAUAUUUUAGAAUUCGAGUGAUACUUUCUCAUUAUAAUCUUUAUUUAAUCACCAUUCAAGACACUGGGGCCGCUAAUCUCGUGUGUACUGUUCAGUGUGAUGCUUAUAUUUCUGACACUUUUCUUGUUGGCGAAUACGUUAAGGCGACAAUUUUUUCUAGAUUAAUAAAGCAUGUGUUUUUAGUCAAA